UACGGUGGAAAUGUGAACUAAGGGAUAAAUUAACUGCGCAUUAUCGUUAUAAGAGAGAGAGAGAAAAAAACCCCCGACUAUUAAUACAUUCAUUGAGACAAAUUCACGACAUGUUUAACAGCAUCUUUUUUUAAUGUUACCUUUUUUAUGUAUUAAAAUGAGCAUUUGUGAAUUUUAAAUUGACAGAGAAAUUGGCUCUGCUAAUCGAUUUAGUCUGAAACCGAAUCACAAAUUAAAUUCAAGCUGGCGAUAAAAACUUGGAAAUGCAAAUCAGCUGAUCGCGACGAGCGAAAAGCUCCCGUUUCGUAGAUCUACGUCAUCAAUCGGAUCGGAUCGGAACGGAACGGAACGAGCUGCCGCUGUCGCUGCUGCUGGCGCUGACCGAAGGUGAUAACCGGGUCCGGAGCUCCAAACACCUAACAACAGCGACGCAACGCAACGUAACGCAACGUCAACAGCAGCGACGACGGCGACGACGCUAGCAGUCAAUGCCAGAACGCGAAGCGGCCGCGUUGACAACGGAGCUGCUCUAGAAUCGCUCUGCAGUUUCCUUUCCUUCAGUCAAUUCUCAUGUACAACAUUGGAAUAGACUCCAAUUAACGCGGCAACAGUGCGAGUAACAGUAAACGGGAUCAAUCGAAGCGUCAAUCAAACGAAAACACACGGAUCAAUCAAACUUGUGCACAACGUUCGAUCGUGAAGUGUGAGUGACAACAGUAACAUGAACAACAACAACAACAGCAAAUCAAAACACGCGCUCAGAGUGUGCGAGUAGCGAGCUGUGUUGUGAGUGAGCACAGUGGAACGAAAAUAACAACGACAACAACAGGUGGCGGGCGCACCUGCCAAAGGCAAGGCAAUAAAUAAAUUUCCGCUGUGAGAACCAAAUAUUGAAUAUCGAGCUGAGCACGGUUAAUUAGUUUUGGAUAUCGUAGUGGAAAACAGGUGCUAAUUUCGGAAUAUUUACAGUUAAUCCAGCAACCAAUACUCCUGUUUGUUGUCUCGACAAAUUCAAUAAACAUAGAUAGAACAGAUAAUGAAACUGUGAUACAUUUGCGAUUUUGUUGUCGCUGUUGUUAAUUAAGCCUUCACACGCUCAAGUGCGCCACUUGAAAUCGUUGUACACACGUUCGUUCCUUCUCGCACCUCCCACCUCCCACACAAGCUUACACACAGCAUUAUCGCAGUUUAGUCACACAAGAAGCGAAAGAGAAGGAGAAGGAGAGGGAAGAACACCAACACACUACGCUGAAGUUAUCACCGUUAGGAGCAGCGCAGUGCAGUGCGCAGCCAGCAGUAGCAAUUUUCCCAAGCGCACACAGCUCAGCUGACGUCGCAGUCGACGAAGUUUCGCAGUAGCAGCAGCAACUUACUUACGCAGCGCAUAUUUUGUUUUUGUCGUAAACGUAACUGCGCGACUGCGAAUGCGCUUGCUUGUCGUCUGCCUCACUCCCGCAUAACGGCACAACUUCACCUAUACACUCACUUUGGACUCGAGCCUCUUUGGAAUGCGUAUGCGUAGCACAGUGGAUUGAGAGUAGCGUAGACUUCGACGACGACGUCGACUUCGACGUUCGAGUUCGAGUUCGACUCUGCGUCGUUAUCAGCGUCGCUGCUGCUGCAAAGGAAGUCAGUCUUGUGACUUGGUGCAAUAAAAGUGCAGCUAAUUGAAUUUAAUCCACAAGCAAAAGGAAUUUGAUUUCAUUUUUAUAUGUGCCGCAUACGGACAGCGCGUCGAGUGCAAUGCGGAAAAAGUGCAAGUGACAAUCGAAGCAACAAUAAUCGCAUAAUAAGCGCGUCUUAACUGAAAGACAAGCGAAAUUAUACUCAAUAAAAAACAUCAAAAAAAAUACAAAGCAGCCAUUUAAUAUUCAAGUCUUACGUUAAUUAUUGUGAUAUUGCAACUUGUUAAACAAAAGAGAAAUAAAUCAACAUGAAGAUCAGCAGAAAUGGACGGGAAUCUCUGCUCCUCGUGCCCUCGCCGAACCACACGUUUCCCAUACGCACGUGUUCCAAUGCGUCCUCGAUACGGCUCAAUAUGGGUCAUGAUCACGAUAACAACGAUGACGCCGAGGAGGGACUCGGCUACACUCACACCCUGAUGUAUGGUCGUUAUACGAAAGAUCUAGGAGAAUUUGCAAAAGAUGAAGCCAGAAAACUCAAGCUACUCGAAAAGCGACGAAAGCAAGAAGAUAAACAAAGGAAUAAGGAACUGCUAGGCAAACGAGCGACACGAAUAAAACGCAUCUCAUCAUGGGUCUGGAAGCAUACGUUGGCACGUUUGGGCGAGGAUUGGGUGUUCCUCGCCCUGCUGGGCAUCAUCAUGGCCCUGCUCUCCUUCAUCAUGGACAAAGGCAUAUCGAUAUGUACAAAUGCUCGUAUUUGGCUGUAUCGCGAUCUUACCUCACAGCCCUUCAUACAGUAUAUUGCUUGGGUCUCAUUGCCGGUCUGCUUAAUAUUAUUCUCAGCCGGGUUUGUCCAUCUCAUCGCACCGCAAAGUAUAGGUUCCGGUAUACCUGAAAUGAAGACCAUACUGCGUGGCGUUGCACUGAAAGAGUAUCUCACAUUUAAGACAUUAGUGGCCAAGGUAAUUGGUUUAACGGCAACUCUGGGCAGCGGUAUGCCAUUAGGAAAGGAAGGUCCUUUCGUACAUAUAGCAAGUAUUGUAGCACAAUUAUUAAGUAAACUCGUCACAUCAUUCCAAGGCAUCUAUGAGAAUGAGUCGCGCAACUCGGAAAUGCUUGCGGCCGCCUGUGCCGUCGGCGUUGGCGCCUGUUUUGCAGCUCCCGUUGGUGGCGUACUCUUCAGCAUUGAGGUAACCACCACAUACUUUGCGGUGCGCAACUACUGGCGCGGCUUCUUUGCCGCCGUCUGUGGUGCGACGGUAUUUCGCUUGCUCGCCGUCUGGUUCCAGAAUGCCGACACUGUUCGUGCUCUCUUCCUCACCAACUUCACCACCGAGUUCCCCUUCGAUCCGCAAGAGUUGUUCGUUUUCGCACUGAUUGGCUUAAUUUGCGGCUUGGGUGGCGCCACCUAUGUCUGGGUGCAUCGGCGUUAUGUGCUCUUCAUGCGCUCCAACAAACGCAUGAACAAAUUCCUGCAGAAAAAUCGCUUUUUGUAUCCUGGUUUUCUGGCGUUGUUGGUCUCCAGCAUUUCGUUUCCACUGGGCACGGGUCAGUUUCUGGCAGGUGAGCUCAGCACACAUGAGCAGGUGACACAGCUGUUUAGCAACUUCACCUGGUCUCGAGAUGAUUUGACUGUGGAACAGGCUGCGGUUGUCACUCACUGGAUGACCAACUACACUAGCGUCUUUGGCAAUCUAGUCUGCUACUUGGUUUUCACGUUCUUCUUCUCCAUCAUUGCGUCCACAAUUCCUGUGCCAUCAGGCAUGUUCAUCCCAGUCUUUAAGAUUGGCGCCGCCUUUGGUCGCUUGGUGGGUGAAUUUAUGGCUUCGUGGUUUCCACAUGGCGUUCGCUACGGUGGCCGCCUCUCACCCAUUAUGCCCGGUGGCUAUGCUGUAGUAGGAGCCGCCGCUUUCUCCGGCUCUGUGACGCACACCGUUUCCGUGGCCGUGAUUAUCUUCGAGAUGACGGGUCAAAUCACGCACGUGGUGCCCGUGAUGAUAGCUGUGCUGGUGGCGAAUGCGGUGGCCGCGCUGCUGCAGCCCUCGAUUUACGACAGUAUUAUACUGAUAAAGAAGCUGCCUUAUCUGCCGGAUCUGCUGCCCUCCAGCUCGGGCAUGUACAGCAUCUUUGUGGAGGACUUUAUGGUGCGCGAUGUAAAAUACAUUUGGCAUGGCAUCUCCUAUCAGAAGCUCAAGGAGGUGCUCAAGAUCAACAAGACGCUGCGCUCGCUGCCCCUGGUCGAUAGUCCAGAGAACAUGAUACUUCUGGGCUCCGUGCAGCGUUACGAACUGAUCAAGAUCAUCGAGAAGCACAUUGGACGCGAGAAGCGCAUGGAGGUGGCGCAAAAGUGGCAAAAGGAGGCCGAGGAGCGGGCCCUCGAAGAGGAGAAGAAGAAACAGGAAGCAGAGCAGAGGCAGCGACGUCCCUCACGCUUCGAAGUGCUGCCCGCUCCCGAUAUUCUCAGUCUGCGUCAGAUUGCCAACGACGAAAUGCUGCCGCCCAAAAAGCGAGCCGAGACCUUGCACAGUUCGCUGACGCCCCGCAAAUCCAUACUGAAGAAGACAAACUCGUUCAAUCUGAAGACCUACACUCCCGCCUCGCCUCACAGUCCCAGCAUCACGCCGUACACAACGAUCACUGGCAAUUCCGAGUUUCGCAUACGCUCCGCCUUCGAGGCCAUCUUCAAGAAGUCGACAACGCUGCAGGACGUGCAGCCCGAUCCGGAGAUGGGCUCCGUCUCGCCCGAGACAGCCGACAGUGGGGUGCAAGUGCAGCAGGCACCCAGUGCGCCCAGCACUCCCGGCAUCUCGAAGAAGGUUCAGCUGACUCCGCCCAUGAAAAAGGCGAAAUCGGUGCAAUUGCCAAGGGAACGGGUUAUUGACAUGUCACCGGAGGAUCAGAAGCAAUGGGAACUGGAGGAAAUGCUGAAACCCAUUGAUUUGGAGAAGGCACAGAUUCACAUAGAUCCCUCGCCCUUUCAGCUGGUCGAACGCACUUCCAUCCUCAAGGUGCACUCGCUGUUCUCCAUGGUGGGCAUCAAUCAUGCCUACGUAACCAAGAUCGGACGACUUGUCGGAGUGGUGGGACUCAAGGAGCUACGCAAGGCCAUCGAGGAUAUCAAUAGCAACAGUUUCGUAGCCCAUCCGCGGGACGAUGAGAUCGAUGGCGAUACGAAGCCAGCCGUGGAGAAGCCUCUGCUGUCGCCAAGCGCCAGUGACAAGGCUGUGGAUAUGACAAUCACAUCGAUGGAUUCGGCGUUAUCAAAUUCUGACAAUUGCUCGGAUAUUGAGAUGGAGCACAUGAAGUCAUUGGAUACGCCGGAAGUGACGCUUACAAUGCCUCCGACAGAUACAAAUACAACAACAACAACAACAAUAAUAGACACAAACAACACACAGAACAUAAACAAAAGUGUUUAAAAUAGGCUUCAAUCUUAUGUUAUGUUAUGUUAUGUUAUAUGUAUAUUGACUCGUUAGUUAUGACAACAUACCGAUAUUUCAUGUUGUCCGCAAGUCUGUAAAGAUCAGUUAAAGCUAAGUUACAUCAUAAUUUAAUUAUAAUAUCAAGUUGUUAUGUAUUCAUGUGUAUGAAUAUGUAUACAUAUGUAUGUAUAUUUCUUUAGUGCAUAAAGUCAAAGAUAUCGUGAUCUAUAUUUAAGUUCAAAUCAAUGCGAAAUAAAAGAUUAACAAUAACACUCAUUUUCACAUUUCCCACUGAAUCGUCUUGAACUUUACUCUAAUCUCAUGAUUACUUCACAUUUUUUGUUUACCAAUUUGUGCACAUAAAAUCUAAUUUUAUUCUUUAUGGUCGGGUCAAAUUGUUUUGUGGACCACUCGAAAGGCUUUUGACUGAACAUUGUUUAUUCAUCAAUGAUGUGUCAAUCGAUCAAUUUGCAGUUGCCAAAACAAGUUAAAGUUCUGGCUCAAAUAAUUCGAGUGUAAUAAAAUAUUGCUAAUGAUAGAAAUCAAUUUAUGACCCACUUGAGCUAACGGUACUCGUAAAUUGUGACUCAGAGCUUUGAUGAUCUGUCGAGGCAUUUGUGAAAUCAUUUUGAGUUUUAACUCAUAUUUCUGACUACUUAUCAUUUCUUUUUAAAUUAUUUGUCGAAUAAAUUCAAUUAUUAUGUUCCACUUCGGAGAACGUUGUAAAUUCUAUGAAGGCAAGACCUGGACCAAAAUUUGCACUGGAAGAUACUCGGAAGACAUUAAACUGCGAUAUCAAAAUCUUCUAAUUCAGAUUGGCGACAAAUAUGCCGUUUACGAGGCGGAUAAGAAUCAUUUCUUGGUAUCAAUGGGUAACAGUAAUAUAAUGCGUGAAGAACGAAUUGAGCUCAAAGAGAACAAUUUUAUUAAUGCCGAUUCCAAAAAAAUCAUUGAGGAUGUAUAUGCCAUGACAUGUCUACCAUACAGAUUUCGAUUCACCGAGGAAAUUGUCAGAGAAUGUACGCGAAGAAAUAAAGUUCAUGCCCAGCACACUAUUCUAAACUAUCCGCGCUACGAGGAAAUGGUGGAUAGGUUGAUGGAACAUCACUUAAGAUUAUCCCGUAAAAACUGCUCAAAUUUCUUCAAUGGAACCAAUUACUGGCCAUUGAUCAUCGUUGCUUUUCUACUUCUUUUUAUUAUGCUUUUCUACAGAACGAGAUUGUAAUGGAUAGAUUUAGUAUUUCAUUAAUAUGUGUACCUUAUUAAUAACUUAAUAGUAAUAUUAAUAACUUAAUAAUGGAUAAUAAACAAACUUGUAAUCUUCAUAAUAUAAAAGAAA